AUGCCAUCUUAUGCAAGAUUUAUGAAGGAGCUUCUGACAAAGAAGAGAAAAUUGAGUGAGGAUGGAACAAUGGAGUUAGAGGCAGGUUGCAGUGCUAUAAUUCAGAAGUCACUUCCACAAAAAUCUAGAGACCCAGGGAGUUUCACUUUGCCAGUCACCAUUGGUAAUCUUUCCGUGGGCAAGGCAUUAUUGGAUUUAGGGUCUAGUAUCAACCUUAUGCCCUUAUCUAUGUUACAGAGGAUAGGAGAUGUGGAGGUGAGACCUACCAGGAUGACUCUGCAGCUAGCUGACAAAUCUAUUAAGUAUCCUCAUGGUAUUGUUGAAGAUCUCUUGGUUAAGGUUGAUAAAUUUUGGUUUCCAGUUGAUUUUGUUGUCAUGGACAUGGAAGAGGAUUCUGAGGUUCCUCUCAUUCUAGGUCAGCCAUUCAUGAAGACAGCUAAGGUCAUUAUAGAUGUUGAUGAUGGCAAACUCAAGGUCAGGGUGCAUGGUGAUGAGGUGAAUUUUAAUAUUUUUGAAGCUAUGAAACACCCAAAUGACAAGAAAGAUUGUUUUAGAGUGGAUGCGAUGGAUGGAGUGUGUUUGGAAGCUGAAAAAAAAAUUUCAUUAGCCACACCAUUAGAGAAGACAUUGAAUUUUGAUAUUAAAGCUGGAGGUGAAAAGAGGAAGCUGCAACUUCAUGAACUUGAAGAAAUGCGUUUGCAGGCUUAUGAAUCCUCAAAAAUUUACAAGAAUAAAGGGAAAUCCUACCAUGACAGGAAAAUUGUGUGGAGAAACUUUUAA